CUUCAGCGACAAAGCGAGUGGUUCUUCACGACAAAAUGAGGCAGGAGCGCCGAUCUUCGCCAGGCUGGAGUUUUUCUUUCUCCUCUUCCUCCUCCGGCCAUUUUCUCUUUUCCCUCGAUCUCGCUUUCGCCACCAGAUCCGCGCGCUGUUAGACAAUCUCUGAAACCAGUAGUGCUUCUCCAGGGUUUCGGCGUGUUGGGUCGGCGAAAUGGACGCGCUGAGGAGGCAGGCGAGCAAGCUGCGGGAGCAGGUCUCCAAGCAGCAACAGGCCUUUCCGCCGCCUCGCCGCCGACCGCCGCUUCCGCCUGCUGCAAUCUCAACGCCACCUCGCCGCCUCCGGCGUCUUCAUCGUCGCUCCCUUCGACCAGCAAUUGGACUUCUUCCCACUAGACAACGCAGCGGGCUUGCCACCGUCCUCGAUCGCGUACCUCAAGGAAGUCGGCGAAGCCGCCUUCCUCCUCGCUUCCUCUCGCGGCCUCCUCUUCUACCGUUACUACGGCGGCGCUAACUUUUUGGUCGUGAACCCCGCCUGCAACGAAAGGAGGAUGCUCCCUGCCCCGCUGGAAGAAUGCUCCUCGCUGCCGCUGUACAAUGGCUUGGCCGUGAAGUUCCUCGACGACGACGACGACCACCUCAAGUGCAAAUAUCAACUCGUGUACCUACUGCCCAUAAGUUCGACAGUAUCGUCCACCCUGUACCAGCUCUGCCUCUACGACUCGGCCGCCGGAGCCUGGAUCGUGGACGACCGGCAGGUCGACUUGGGAUCGCCCUCCCUGAAUCUGAAAAAUCUAGUGUUGUUUGAGGGCUCCGUCUUCGUCUCCUCCAGCUCUGCAUCCCGCGUCGCCGCCAUCGACACCUCCACGAGGCUCGUCAACUUCUUGCCGGCGCCCGACUCCGUCUCGCAGGGGGACGAGAUCAACGUGGCGGUUUGGGAGGAGGCGGGAAAUAGACCGUGGUUGUGCCUGGUGCAUUACGAUAGACGCUCCUGCAAAUUCACAUUGUGGAGGUGGUCGAAUGGAUCGAUAUGGGUUAAGUUCAAUGAGGUGGUAGUCGAUCGCCGGCGACAUGGAAAAGCAAUAAAGUAUUUCAUCCUUCAGGACGGUGGAGCGAUGAACGGAAUGCUUCUAAUUUUCGACGGCCACAGUAGUUCAUUUGCUUACUCCUUCAAGUGGCAGCAGUUUACCAAGUUGAGUACGAAGAUGAGAGAAUCCUACAGCAGAUUCAUAACCUACACAAAUUCUCUUCGGCCAUGCUAAAUGCUAAUGCUAAAUUUGUUAGGAUGCUAAUGCUAAUGCACCACUAGCAUUGAACUGCCUUAUUUUUAUUUAUCAAUUUGCUCUUUCAUUAUAUGUUCAUAUUAUUAUAUUGUUAGUUCCCUUAUAUUACAUUCAUCUACAUGUACCUUGUUAUAUCACAUAAAAUU